AUGGGCUCUCUCCAGGCGGCUGGUGUGGCACGAGAUGAAUACGACUACAUAAUCUGUGGUGGAGGCACUAGUGGAUGUGUGGUGGCUGCUCGACUUGCUGAGAAUGCCAAUACUAAGAUCCUGCUCGUUGAAGCAGGGCCCGAUUGCAAGGACAAUGAGAACAUCAAGAUGACUGGUGGCUGGAGCAAGAACUUCGACUCCGAGACCGACUGGAAUUUGGUAACACCUCCCAUGCCGGGUGUCGAUGGCCGCCAGGUCAAGUUGAGUCGUGGCAAGUUCCUUGGCGGCAGCUCUGGUGUCAAUGGCACUCUCUGCAUUCGAGGCACGGAAGCCGAUUUCGAUGACUGGGGUCUUGACGGUUGGAGCGGGAAGGAAAUGUUUGCAUACAUGCGAAAGUCUGAGAACUUUCACACCAAGGACUGGUUUCAAGCAGACGCAAAAGCUCAUGGUUAUGAUGGUCCCUUGCAUAUUGAGCCUCAUGACUUGGCUCCCAUCUCAGAGUUAUUGUUGAAGUCGAUGGAGAGUCAAGGUUUACCACUAGAUCACGAUAUGUUCACUACUGGUUCUCGUCCACACGGAUGUGGUCAUGCCCCGCGAACAGUCCACAAGGGUCUAAGGUCAACAGGAGCCGAUUUUGUAACCGAUGACUAUCACCGAGCUAAUAUUGAGAUUGUCGUUGAUACACUGGUCGACAAGGUCAAUUUCGACGAAAGCAAGCGAGCUGUUAGUGUUGAUCUGAUUGACAAGUCUGGUAACAAAUUCGCUGUCAAAGCCAGAAAUGAAAUCAUCAUCUCCAGUGGCGCGUACUGUUCUCCUCCAAUAUUGCUGCGAUCAGGUAUCGGUCCAAAAGAGGAGUUGCAAAAACUAGGAGUUGAGUGCCUGGUAGAUUCUCCUGGCGUAGGUAAGAAUCUUCUGGACCAUAUUAUUGUCUUCACUUUUUACGAAGUGACCAAAGACGGUUUGACAAAUGACCAUCUUGUUUACCACGAUAAUGCAGCUAUGGAAAGCUACAUGCUGUACAAGGAGAAGAAGACGGGAGUGCUUUCAACCUUUCCUUUCGGUGCCUUUGCGUUUGCUCGACUCGACGACAGACUGAAGGACGAGCCAUUGUGGCAAGAGGCUCAGAAGAAAGCUGCAGCUGGUAGAGAUCCCAUGGACUUGACCGAGAGUCAACCGCAUAUCGAGUUCUUCACGACGGAAUUGUACGGUGGACCGAAGCAGUACGACAAAUUUCCGAUCAACAAGAAAAGCGCGUUUGCCAUGAUCACAGAACUAUUUUCACCUCGAUCCAAGGGCACUGUCACCGUGAAGUCUACAGAUCCUUUUGAGAAUCCCAUCGUCGACUGCAAUUACCUGCAUGAUCCGCUAGAUUUGCUGGUCAUGAGUGAGGGUGUCCGUUUCGGGAAUGAGAUCGUGAUGCAAGGAUCAGGAACAAAGGACAUUGUGAAAGGAUCCUGGCCGGCGGAUUUGACGCACCAUGCUUUCACGAAGAGGGAGGACUGGAUCCCACAUGUCAAAAACGAAGCGACCACGUGCUAUCAUGCAGCUGGGACGUGCAAGAUGGGCAAGGACAAUGAUCCAAUGGCAGUGCUCGAUGCUGACUUGAGGGUACGUGGUGUGAAGGGACUGAGAAUCGCGGAUUGUUCUGUAAUGCCAACAUUGCACGGCGGUCAUACACAGAUGCCCGCGUAUGGUAUUGGCGAGAAGGCGGCUGAUUUGAUUAAAGCUGCUGCAUACUAG